AUGCAUGUUGGUCGAGUCACCGAGGGCUUGAACCCUUCUUGGCUCAAUGGAUAUACCAUGAUGAUGACAGGCACCGAAAAGGCGAGUCAAUAUGGCUACCCCUUGCCUUGGAAGGACGAUGAGGUUAUCGACCUAAUCAAGCUUUCGAUUUUCGAGGGCUUUCAAUUCUUUCCUGGCGAGGGACUUUUAGUUCUCAAAGCACAAGCGCGCGUUAUGGAAUUCCUCGUUGACUGCUCUCGCCAAAUCCUUCAUGAGAUCCCAGCAGACAAAAUGAUCAGCGCGGCGUAUCCCAUUCAGCCGAAACCAAUCUUGAAGACUGACAUUGAUGAGUCGGGCCACUUAUCAAUGGCCGCGAUGGCGCUUGAGGCCCCAUACACAGUCCCCUCAGAACUCGACUUUGACCGCAUCGCUUCCCUUCUCGAGGCUCAGACGUCAGCAAUGGAAGAUCAUAUCUGGGCUAUGCGAGAAGAUCCCGCCUAUUUCUCCUAG